AUGGAGAAAAUUGCACCCCGUCUUUCGGAGGAUGAAAGAGACAACGGUGCUGAUGAAAACGAAAGAGACGACGAUGCUGAUGAAACGAAAGAGACAACGAUUUUUGAUGACAAAGAUAAUGGCGAUGAUGGUUUCCAUAAAAGCCAAGAAUCUACUGUCACGGUUAUUCUUACUAUAGACGCUAAACCUAACACCGAUCCUGGUAUACCAGAUUUUAUAAAAUCAAAAGUAUUGAGAUACCGUACUCCCAUCUCAUCUUCCAUCAUUAUAGCAUUCAUGUUUGGAAAACCAGAUACUGGUAAUCCCAUUGCUACGGAACAAAUUAAUGCCGACCCCU